AUGGUUUUUGGAUAGCUAAACAAUUGCGAUAUUUUCGGAAAAUAAAUUAUAUUAAAUUACAAUCAAAGAAGCAAUGUAAAAACUGGAUUUGGAGGAAUUUUUUCUAUUUUAACAUUGAUAGCAAUCUGUCUGUUCUUUUGGAACAAAUUCAUGGACUUCAUCAACAAAAAUGAAGUUACAGUGGUUUCUUAAUAAACAUUCAGUAAUAAUCCUUCUCUAUUGACUUUGAAUACUAGCUAGUUUAUGUUUGCUGUACAGAUACAACAACAGACAAGUUUUUUAUAAAACCCUUAUUAUAAUAUAACGCUUGAAUAAAAAACAUACACUUUAUUAUAAAAUGGAACGAGAGUCAUAAAAACAGCGCCUAUUGAUUUGGAGCCCUGCACUUUGAGUCACUGGUAAACGUUGCCUGAAAGUAGUUUGAACAAUACUUUUACUCAGUUAAAUCUAAAAGAUUAUUUAUGCGUAAAAAAGAACACAACCAUUUAUAUAGGAGGUUAAUACGAAAGUGAGAUUUAUCAAUUUUUAAAAUUCUCUAUUUCGAAAUGCAACAAUGUCACUAAGCCUUAAUUUUACUCAUGGAAUCCAGUCUGUUAGUCAUAUGAUAGCGCAAUUAAAUAUGCUUAGAAUUAGAGUGUUAGGGUUUAGUUUUAAAUGGUUAAUUUUAUUAUAAAUGCUAAUGAACCAUAAAAUUUAGUUAAAGAAAUUGUAUCAAGUGAUCUAUUUUUCUAAAUUUAACCAGAAUCGAUGUUCACCACAGCAGAUAUUUUUUUUACGGAAUAUGUUAUUAAAACUGAUAAUUCUUUGUUCUUUACCUAAGAUAUUCAAGAAUAAGAUUAUUAAGUUUAGGAAUAUGGUGAUUUUAGAGCUCAGUACUCCUUGUACAGUAAGGAUCCUACAAAGCCUUAUGCAACUUUUUUCUUUAACAGAAGUAGAUUCGAUAAAUUAUAUACAAGGUAGUAUAUGAAACUUUAAGAUGUACUUUCUUAAUUAGGUGGCUUCGUAAACUCGAUGAUAGCCAUUUCGGCAAUAAUAGUUGGUUUUUACAAUAGUAAUUAUUAUGUAAUGGAACUUGCAAAUUAAUUAUAUGAUUUUGACAUCCUAGAAGAAAACGAUAAAAUGAAUAAUAACAUGAUUUUAUUGCAGAAGAAAAUCAAUCCCAGUUUCAGAAAAAACAUUCAUAUUGAUGAUAAUUAAGAGAGAAGAUUAAGUAAAAAUGAAUAAAUAACAAUGCAAUACCUCUAAAAAAUGAAAAGCCCUUCUUAGAACAAAGAAACAGAAGGGAAAGAAGAAAUCGACAACAAAUCCAAUUAGCAAUAAUACAAGAUAGAAUUACUUAAAUUUAGUAAUGAAAUUAAUAAUGGAAGCUUCAAAGGAGCUACCGAAUAAAAUUAAUCAUAAAUUAAAUCAGAUGCUCAAUAUAAAUAAAAUAUUAACAUUAUUCAUUCAAACAAAGAUAACGAUUCUCCAGCUAAUUUCUUUGCUUAAAAUGACGAAAAUUUGAAAACUUAGAAUUUUGACUAUGUUUCACCUUAAUCAAUGUAUGAAAGGAGAUUAACUACAAACGAAGAUGAUAUUUAACUAUUAAUGGGCCCAAGUAAUUCAAAUAAUUUAAUUUAGUAUCCAUCUUUACUGAGUCAGUAAUCAGAUAAUGCUUAAAAAUCUCCUAGAUAACAACAACCUCCAAUAGAAUUAAAGAUACAAUUACCUUCAAUCAUAGAAUAAGAUAAUGAACAGCAUUCCAUAUAAAAAUUAGAAAUAUAUGGAGAAAAAAAAAAUAGUUUUAAAUCGAAUUUUGGAAAGUUCAAAUUUUCACCUCAUAAGAAGAACGGCUCUGAAUAAGAAGAUUACUUCUCUUGGUAGACAUAUUAAUAGAAUAACGAAGCAGACAAAAAUAACUAAUCUAUUAAUGUAUAGACUGAUAAUUAAAGUGAAAAUUUUGUUCUGUAAGAUGAAAAAUCAUUCAAAUCCAAAGAUAAAUAAAAUGGAGUUAAAAUAAAUAAUUAGAAAAAAGAGCCAAACUUAGCAAAUAAUGGCAAUCAUAAUUAAGACAAACUCAAUGAUUCUAAAUCCCAAAAAAUGAACAAUCAUUUUAUUCCUAUCAAAAUUUAAAUGUGUCAAGGUAAUACAAGUAUAGAAAAUAUAGAUAAUAAUAUUGAAGAUGAAAAUGAGUCUCAUAAAAAGGUAGAAGAUACUUAAAUUUCAUAAUAAAAUCAGGAAUUAAAGAAAGAAAUAAAUGAGGAAAAAUAAGAAUAAAUAGAUCCAUAGAGUUUUGAUGUCAAUGAAGAAAAGAAAAAUUUAGAUAAAAAUCAAAUUAGAAGCUUCAAGGAAGUUAAAAGUAUUCAAAACAUUUAAAGUUACAAUAAUAAUAUCACAGCUUAUAGCACUAAUUAUGAUUUAAUUGAUUUGAAAAAGCCAAAAUAAAAUAACAUAAGUAAGAAUCGCUCGAUAAGCAGUGAAUUAGAAUGCCAUUUUGAUGAACCUAACUCUAUUAACAUUUUUUCAAACAAUAGUAAAAAUUAGCUUCACGCCACUUCUUAGAAAAAUUUUUCAUCAAACUUGAUUCCUCCUAUAAUUAAUAGUCAUGAAAACAAAACCAAUUAAAAUGCGAACAAUAGACUACUUCAUGCUAAUAAUAUUAAUUUAAGUUUAAAGAGUCCCCCUAGACUAUCACUGAAUUAUAAAAAUCCUGAUUAGGCAGAUUUGGUAUCAAAUAAUAGCAUGCGAAGUGGCAGGUAUUAUCCUGAUUUUCAUGGAGAGGAUUAAAUUAAUAGGUAGAAUUUAGAUUAUGAUCUUGAAAGUUAUUAAAAUAAUGUAAUUAAAAAAGAAUCUUUUUUACAGCCUCCUACUAAUUACAAUCCCAAUUAGAACUAUGAAUAAACUUACAGAAGAGAAAGCUUAGCUUUCUUAAAUGAUCAUAACAUAUUUUAAUAGCCUCGCUACCAUUCACACAAUGAGCUCUAUAACUAAGGAGGUAAUGCUAAAAUUAUUUUGGGUAAUUAACUGAAUAAAAGUUUUAGCAACCAAAACUCAUUUAUCAAAAGAGAUAAUGCCAGUUAAGAUUUUAACUAAAAUUCAACUUAAGGAGAAUAAAAUGUAAAAAUUAGCAGGUCUUAAAGGCAUACAAGCUACAUAGAAUCAAAGAGUAGAAGAAGUAUAAUGUCUACAGAAUUGAUGAAAAUGAACUCUCGUCGUAAAAAAAUAAAUUACUCAUUUAAAUACAUCAUUUACAAGCUUUCUUGCCAGAAGUUUUUUAAGACUAAAGAAAAUUAAAUGGUUGAUAAAGCUUAAGAUUUAAUUGCAAACAACUUAGAUAUCAUGAAAAUAUUAGAUAAAAUAUAAGAAAUUGAUCGUAUAAAAUGCUUGCUUCUAGAUUAUGAACAAAGAAUUUUGUUCAGUUACUUCCCAAAACCUUUAGUUGAAAUAAAAAACGAUGAUUAACUUUAAAUUUAGAAUUCUCCUUUGGAAAGCAUGUACCAACAAUAUGCUCAAAAUUUGCAUACUGAUGACAAAACAAUAAAAACUGUAGUGAAAGCAAAAAACAAAUUUAAGCAAAUUGUUCAAAAAAAAAGUAAAGACCAAAUCCAAACCAUCAUAAACUCAUCAUUAUACAAAAACCUUGAAAAUAAGUUUGAUAGAACUUAUAGUGUUAAUGAAUAUGAGUAAAUAUAUCAAGCUUACAAAAAGAUUUCUACAAAACCUCAAAAAACUUAGACUGACAAAAUUUUAAUUGAAUUGAUGGGACAAGAAUUGCAAAAAAUAUUUUAGCAGCUAGACGAGUAAAGAAAUAAAUAGUCAGUUAAAAGAUCAGCCAUGAAAAAGUAAAGUCUAAGCUUGAAAAAGAAUUCUAGUUCAAAUUAAAACAGUUAAUUACAAUCUUAAACAAAAUAAUCAUAAAUGAUCAAAUUAGACUAAUAACUAAUAAAAUUCAAUACAGACUCAAAAAGCCCUGAUAAAAAUGAUAAAAAGAAAUAAUUCGGUAAAAGGGCAAGAAAUAUUACAACCGAAAAUUGA